AUGCCCCAGCCCAAGCUCCUGCAGCCGGGCAGGGGGGGCACGGUGCUGCCCACCGGGAUCUCUGGGCUCGGCUGCCUCGAGAUGUCCGGCACGCAGAACCCCAGGGAGAGCCGGUGCCACACCGAGCCUCCCGCAGGGGCGAGCAAACAAGCGCUGGCAGCGAAAAGCAGCCUGACGGUGCCGGUGGGUGCUGUGCCCGGGCCCUGCCCACCCCAGGAGCCGCCUCUCCAGCGGGGCUCCGUGCACCCGGCUUCGUCCGCUCGUGUCCCCCCAGCUCGUUCCGUGCCCCUGGGCCACGCCAGCAGCUUUUCCUUUCUCUUGCUGCCCUGUCCCAGCCGUGCCCCGGGCUCGCUGCCCGGCCCGGGGAAAGGUCUCGGCAGCUCCGGCUCCCUCCGCCCGGUGAUGUCAGCGCGGCUCGGAUCUGCCCAGGCAGAGCUGUUUGUGUUCGCAGGAUCAGGAUCGCGCCCGGCUCCCGUGCCAGGAGCUGCGGACGGGCGGGGGGCCCCGGGGCUGCGCCCGCCCGCGGGAAGGGCUGGGAGAGGGGAGGGGGACUCGGGGGUCCCUGCCUGGGGGGAAGGGGGGUCCAGCCGCUGCCUGAGAGCCGGGACAGCUGCUCCGUCCUGCGCUGUGGGCCGGCAGCGAGGGGCUCCGCUGCCUCCUGUGUCCCACGGGCUCACAGCGGCUGCCCACGCGUGCAUCCUGGGCCAUGCACAUGCAAAACACCUGCGGGGCUGGCGGCACCUGCCAGCGGCUCUGUCCGCCCCGCUCCUGCGGCCGGGAAAGCCGCUGCGGGCCCCGCAGCCCGUUCCUGGCAGAGAUGCGGGGCUGGAGGCACCGGCCGUGCUGCCCUCGGGAGGAGCCGGGCUCAGCCCGGCCGUGACGCGGGCACGGCAGCGGUGGCAGCGCCGGGGUGGCUCCGGGGUGGCUCCGGUGUGGCUCCGCCACGGCCACCCACGGGAGCCCCGGCACAGCCACGGGUACCCACGGGAAUCCCGGCACAGCCACGGGAGCCCCGGCACAGCCACGGCCCCUCACAGCCACGGGUACCCACGGGAAUCCCGGCACAGCCACGGGAACCCCCGCACAGCCACGGGAGCCCCGGCACAGCCACGGGAGCCCCGGCACAGCCACGGCCACCCACGGGAUCCCCGGCACAGCCAGGGGAGCCCCGGCACAGCCACGGCCCCGCACAGCCACGGCCACCCACGGGAACCCCGACACAGCCACGGGAUCCCCGGCACAGCCACUGGAGCCCCGGCACAGCCACGGUCACCCCGGCACAGCCACGGGAACCCCGGCACAGCCACGGGAACCCCGACACAGCCACGGGAACCCCGGCACAGCCACGGGAUCCUCGGCACAGCCACGGGAGCCCCGGCACAGCCACGGCCCCGCAUAGCCACGGGAACCCCGGGACAGCCACGGGAACCCCGGGACAGCCACGGUCACCCCGGCACAGCCACGGGAACCCCGGGACAGCCACUGGAGCCCCGACACAACCACGGUCACCCCGGCACAGCCACGGGAACCCCGGGACAGCCACGGUCACCCCGGCACAGCCACGGCCCCGCACAGCCACGGGAUCCUCGGCACAGCCACGGGAGCCCCGGGACAGCCACGGCCACCCACGGGAACCCCCGCACAGCCACGGGAACCCCGGGACAGCCACGGGAGCCCCGGCACAGCCACGGGAUCCCCGGCACGGGGCCAUUCCUCGCACACUCGGCGGCGCCGCUGCCCCACGGCCCGCGGGACAAUCCGCACGUCUGCACCCUCAGGGAGCAGCCGGAGAGCGGCACCGGCUGCGGAGGGAGCGGCUGCCGGGGGCCCCAGGGAGCGCCCGGGAGAAGGGACUGGUUUUACUGGCAGACCCCUUCCUCAGCCGAGCCCGCCCGUGCCAUCGGAGCCUCGAGGCAUCACCGGCUCUUCCCGGGAGCCAUCCUGCCCGGGCGGCCGUGCCUUCCUGUCCUGCUCCUGGGAGGUGCCGGGCUCAGGGACCGCCAUCCUCCCACCGCCCCAGCACUGCCGGGGGUGCCCAGGCUGCCCCAGCCCCGAGCGGCUGCCGCCCUACGCCCGCGGUCCCACCCCGGCACCGGGAGCGCUGCCGCAUUCCUGCCAUUCCGGGGAUCGCGAGUGCGCUCCUGUCGCCUGCAGCUCCCGGCACGGCCGGAGUGCGCGGCCAGCUCCGCUCCGCCCGAGCUCUCCUACCUGCGCACGGCGCUGGCACAACGGGCUGCCCUGGCAGACCCUGCAGCCAGCGCCUGCUCCCCCCUGGGCACCCUGAGCUCUCUCCCCAGUGCCACAGGUCCCUGGGCCCUGCAAGAGCAGCGGGGCCAAGCUGGUGGUCCAGAAGGGCAGAGGAACCUGGGCAGGGUCACCUGGGGCACCCAGAGAACCAAGAGAGGCACUGGCUGGCACAAUGCCCCGGACUCGUGGGGCGAUGUCUGA